CCCUCGCUCUGAACGUCUGUCAACAACAACAGCGACAACAUCACUUGCAUGAUUCUUGAUGACAUCACAGAUUCCACAGUGCCUCUAGACUGGUUAAACAUCAAGGCAUAGGCGCACUCUUCAGAAGUCUACCUCCAGUUUUUCUUGGUUGGGUAACUUGGGCUCUUUUUUUCGGGAGUCGCGAGUGUUUUUUUUCUGCCAGGACGCUGGUUCUUGUCUAGUCCAGUGGCUACCCUAUCAAGGCUAAUCUUCCACGAACUGGAAUACAGAGCAUUUUUACUCAUAAUUUCACCCACUGGUCAAGCUCCAUCGUCGGCAGCUCCCGGUUCUCUUCUCUGGCGGGAGGUUAACAGAAGGCAUAGGGUUGUGGAGGUAUGACUGCGUUGGCUGGGGCAAUACCAAGGAUGAUGCGCCCCAUGCUGGCGCAGAACUACCCCCACAGUGGCUUCCCACUAGAAGUCUCUACCCCGUUAGGCCAAGGCAGAAUGAACCAGCUCGGGGGAGUUUUCAUAAAUGGCAGACCUUUGCCCAACCAUAUCCGCCAUAAGAUCGUCGAAAUGGCCCACCAUGGCAUCAGGCCAUGCGUAAUCUCCCGUCAGCUCCGCGUCUCUCACGGUUGCGUUUCUAAAAUCCUCUGCCGGUACCAGGAGACCGGCUCUAUUCGGCCCGGGGCCAUCGGGGGAAGCAAACCCAAGCAGGGGACGACGCCUGAUGUUGAGAAGAGAAUAGAGGAGUACAAGCGGGACAACCCGGGUAUGUUUAGCUGGGAGAUUCGGGAUAAAUUACUGAUGGAUGGGAUAUGUGACCGGAACACCGUUCCAUCAGUGAGCUCUAUCAGUCGCAUCAUGAGGAGUAAAUUCGGAGGGAAGGGAGAUGACGAUGAUGAUGAAGAUGAAAUCGAGAAAAAGGAAUUAGAAGAACACGAACGGCGGGCCAAACACAGCAUCGAGGGCAUCUUAGGAGACCGAUCGAGCCACUCAGAUGAGGGGUCGGACGUGGAGUCUGAACCAGACCUGCCUCUGAAGAGGAAGCAGCGCCGCAGUAGAACCACCUUCACUGCCGAACAGCUGGAUGAGCUGGAGAGAGCCUUUGAACGAACACACUACCCUGACAUCUACACCAGGGAAGAGCUGGCUCAGAGGGCCAAACUCACAGAGGCCAGAGUUCAGGUGUGGUUCAGUAACAGAAGAGCUCGGUGGAGGAAGCAGGCUGGAGCUAGUCAGCUCAUGGCCUUCAAUCACCUGAUCCCUGGGGGCUUCCCGCCCUCUGCCAUGUCCAGUCUCUCACCUUAUCAGCUGUCUGACAGCCCGUAUCCCCCUACAUCCAUAUCACAAGUGGUGUCGGAGCAGGCCAGCACGCUGCACCGGCCCCAGCCCCUGCCCCCGUCCUCAGGCCACCACCAGAGCUCAGGAGGGGGAGGACAGGAUGGGGGGUCUGCCUACUGCCUGGCCUCUGGACGCCACAGCUUCUCAGGCUACUCCGACAGCUUCGUCACGUCAGGAGGCCCUCCCAUGAACCCUGCCAUCAGCAAUGGCCUCUCUUCACAGGUGAUGGGUCUGUUGAACCCAGGUGGGGUGCCCCACCAGCCCCAGAGUGACUAUGCCCUCUCCCCCCUGACAGGAGGCCUGGAGCCCCCCGGGGGCAUGGGGGCCAGCUGCUCCCAGCGUCUGGAGCACAUCAAGGGUCUGGAGGGCCUGUCCAGUGUCCCCAACAUCCCCAGUCUUCCCUCGCUGCCCAACUCCCAGUCCUACUGCCCGUCUUCCUACAGCGCUCCUGCCUACAACGUGGACCCUGUGGCCUCCUACCAGUAUGGGCAGUACCACGGACAAAGUAAGGUGCCCUUCAUUAUCUGAGACCUGAGAUCACCUGAGGAUCUGCCCCUCUAAGUGACCACCCACCACCUCCACCUCUGACCCAGCCCAGUCUCCACCUCUGGCCCAACCCAGUCUCCACCUCUGACCCAGCCCAGUCUCCACCUCUGACC